UUUGACGGGAUGGACAACAAAGAGGAGCUGGAGGAGAGGCUGAGGAGGCUCCUGGUAAGGCUCGGGAGCCCCCAGGAAGACCGGCAACUGUGCACCCUCAUCCAGAUCCUGCAGGAUCUGCUCUUCCUGGCGCACACCGACCAUGCAAGCCAGCUGUUCGCAGACAAAGACAUCCACGAGCCACUAACGGCUGCGCUGAUGAUGCACAUGGGCAGCAGAGGAGUCCAGCAGGUGGGCUGGUCGCUGCUGUGUCAACUGUUGGAAACGUGUCCGGGUAUGUUGGAGCGCCUAAACACACCUCAGCAGCAGAUCCUGAGGGUUCUGUCACGGUACCACGCAGACAGCCGGGUGACCGUGGUCGCGCUCAGAGCCCUGGCCCUCCUCCUGCACUCAGACGCCAUCGCUCUGCUGCUAUUGGAGGACGAAGAGGAAGAUGUGUUCGGCCUGGCGGUACAGGCCAUGAAGUCUUUCCCCUCCAGCGAGGAGGUGCAGCUCCAAGGCUGCCGAGCUCUGCAGGCGCUCCUUCGUCGAGUGAGCGACGAGCACCUCGUAGAGUUUGUGGAGAACCAGGACCACUUGGUUGUUCUGGGUGCUCUGCAGGGGUUCCCAGACAACCCGGAGGUGCUGCUGCAGGCCAUGAAGGUUUUCCUCCCUCUGUCUGGACCCAGCAGUAACGUGGAGGUUUUGAUGUCCGGCAGCGUUCGCUGCUAUAGUGCGCUCAUCUUGGCCAUGGAUGCUUUCCCACAUGAUGAGGAGCUCCAGGAGACGGCGUGUCGCCUGUUGCGGAGGUUCACAUCAGAGAGCUACUACAACAUCCUGGUGCUGAAUGGCGUGGCCCGGGCGGCGGUAAGGGCUUGUCAGACAUUCCCCCACAACGCCACGGUACAGGCCAACGCCCUCUCUUGCCUGGCAGACCUUACGUCCAGCAUGGUGCAGAGCAAAGAGGCGGUCGAGCAGGGCUUGGAGGACGGCGAGGCGGAGGAAAACCGGGGUGGCGGCUCAGAGCCAGUGGAGAAUUUAGACCUGGGCUGGAUGGGGGCCUGCUGCACAGCGUUGGAUCUCCACGCCGCAGAGCCGCACGUUCAGGAAGCUGCAUGCUGGGCCAUUCACAGUCUGUUGGUGCACGAAGCUGGAAGGAGCCAUCUCGAAGCGGACCAGGAUAAUCGGACCCCCGUUCACAGACAGCUGAUGGCAGCCAUGUUGGUUCACUCCUCCUCGCCACGCGUCUUCGAGGCCGCCACCAGUGCCAUUGGCACGCUGGUCACGCGAAAUCCGAAGAUGCGCUCCAUGCUGCUGUCCAGUGGCCUCCACGUCAACAUCGUGGAGAUGAUGAAGAGGCACCCAACCUCGGUCCAGGUAUCAGUCAGCGCCUGCCGCCUGCUCAGCCUCCUCUUCCAGGGCAGGACAGCUGGUCUGGACGAGCUAAACAUGGCCAUGGGUCAGAUCCUAACCAUCAUGAAAGUCCACAACUUCCAGCCGGAGGUUCAGCUGGAGGCUCUGUGGGCCAGCCUGGUCUUCCUCUGUCCAGACCGCAGUUUACGGGAGCACGGGACCUCGGUGGCUGACCCUGACAUGGCUGACGUGUCCCUGAAGGUCCUGAAGAACCAGUGUGUGGUAGAGGGCGCGCAUGCCGUCUACCUGGAGGUCCUCAACAGGUUCAUCAGGUGCCCAACCAUCCAGGUGUGCGGCCUGAAGGUGCUCUCCGCCCUGGCCGACUGCUCAGGUGCAGUGGACCUGCUCUGCCAACAGGGGGCGAUUGACACUGUACUCCACACACUACAAAUGUUCCCGCAGGAUCGAGAAAUUCACUAUUGGGGUCUGACCCUGCUUACUCACCUGGUGUCCAAGAAGAAGCUCUCCAGGAUGAUCGUUCCCGUCCUGGCCUCGGUCCUGGUGGCCUCACUUGACCAGUACAAGAAGGAUUAUGACUUACUGCUCAAGUGUUUCCAGGUGGCGCUGAGGAUGCUGGACGUCUGUUCGGGAUCAGCUGUGGAGUUGCAAAGGGAAGACUUUGACCGUCAGAUAUUCCAAUUUCUCAGAGAGUCCGACAUUCCCGAGCACUGGAAGAAUCCGUUGCGCGGGUCGGCGUGCUUGGCUCUGUCCAAGAUGUGCGCCAACUCCGAGCUACACUACAGCAUGCUGGAGAAGGCGUGCGAGGACGGAGACACCGUCAUGGCCGAGUGUCUCAUCGAACUCGGAGCCGAUGUCAACAAAAAGACUAAAACCGAAUCUCUCAUCUACCAAGUGUGCCAAAAGGGAGGCCCCCUGGAGCUGGUGGAGCUGCUGCUGAGCCAAGGCGCCCACGAACAGCACCUCCGCCGAGCCCUGGCCGUCACCGUGAAGCGCGGCGACGGGCCGAUGGUCAUCCAGCUGCUGGGCCGCCUGGGCCUGGAUCUCAACAACAACGCCCUGUGCCUCGGCGGUUUCCGUCUUGGCCGUCUAGAUGCUGCCUGGCUCUGCCCCCUGCUGGCCCAGAGAAGCAGGGUGCACAGUCUGCGCGACGGCAACAGUAAAGGAGCCAGCCUGGCACGCUACAUUCACUCCUUACAACGGUCCAGAAGAGGUCCCCUCAGGUCUCUGGGCGACCCCAGUCUGACGUCUGGAUACAUGUCUGACGAGAGCGACGACUCCAACCUCAGCUUCCUCUCACUGGAUGAAGGCCUCUUCCUCGACGACAUGGAGAGUGACGGAAGCGAUUCACUCACGGGGGGCUCGCUGAAGCCUCGGAACGAUUCCACUGAGGAGCUGAGGGGCGCCUCAUUCAAGAGGAACCAUGAACGCCACAGGCAUACCAGCGCAGAGAGUUGUCCAAUAGACAGCGAACACCAUGAGCAAGCACACAGAAGAUAUGGAAGACACCAAAAAACGUUGAGGUCCCUGGAGAGUUCGUUGGUGCUUCCGAAGGAGAAGGAGAGGAGGAUCUGCUUGCUGGACUUGUCGGGGAAUGAGCUGGACUCCCUGUCGUGCCUAAUGGACCACGGCCCAGUUCAGCAGCAGCUGGCUCACCUCCUGAGACUUGACCUGAGCCACAACGUCCUGCUGGAGUUCCCCCCUGCGCUCUGUCAGAGUUUAAGCAGCCUUACCCACUUGGACCUGCAGGGCAACCAACUUCAGUCCCUCCCAGCAGAGCUCCUAGCGCUGCCAGCGCUCGCGACUCUCAAUGUGUCACGCAACUGCGUGGGCCCGCACCUCGCCUUAAACACGUCAGUCGUCUGUCCGUCACUGCGGCACCUCAACUUGUCCUUCAACAAGCUGACCGCCUUCCCACACGAGCUGGGCCGCGCCACCGAGCACCUAGAGGAACUGCUCCUGGAAGGGAACAGUGUGCCCGAGCUCUGCGCACCUCCGCCAAACCUCCCCGAGAUCAAACUCCUGGAUGUGAGCAAGAAUGACAUAACGGACAUCUCUCCCAACUUCCUGAUGGGCUGUCCAAAGCUGGAGGUCUUCAACGCCUCCUCCAACAAAAUAGGUUUCCUGGCACAGCUGCCGUUAAAGCUCACCACCCUGAAACUCGCCAACAACAAUUUUACCGCCGUGUCCGAUGCCAUUCUCUGCCUACCUACCUUGAUAUCGGUGGACAUGAGGACUAAUCGCAUCACUGUGUUGCCGGGCCCCGGCUCGUGGGCAUCCAGUAACCUGCGCGAGCUGAUGUUCAGCCACAACAUCAUCACUGCUUUGGAUUUAAGCGGGCCCGUCCACAAGUGGACCCGACUGGAGAAGCUACACUUGAGCAACAACGAGCUCACUGAGAUUCCGCCACAGGUCGGUCUGCUGGAGGGUCUCACUUCCCUGGACGUGAGCCGCAACGCUGGCCUCCGCUCCUUCCCCGAUGAGAUGGGCAGGCUCACCCGGCUGUGGGACCUCCCGUUGGACGGACUUCGACUCCAGCUGGACCUCAAAUUGAUCGGAAGCAAGACCAAAGACAUUGUCAGGUUUCUGCAGCAGCGUCUGAAGAAAGCCGUCCCGUACUACCGGAUGAAGCUCAUCGUGGUGGGGAACGCCGGUAGCGGGAAAAGCAGCCUUGUUCAGAAGCUGAUGAAGCUCAAGCGCUCGCAGCAGGCCUCUUCCAGGCGGACUGCUGGGGCCAGUGUGGACGUACGCGACUGGACCAUCAGGGAGCGGGACAAGAAGAAGAUGGUGUUGAACGUCUGGGACUUCUCAGGUGGUGAUGAGCUGUGCGGCUCCCAGCCUCACUUCCUGUCCUCCAGAGCGCUCUACCUGGUGGUGCACGACAUGAGCAGAGGAGCUCAGCAGCUGGAUGCGCUCAAGCCCUGGCUCUUCAAUAUCAAGGCUGUGGCUCCGCUCUCUCCGGUCAUCCUGGUGGGAACUCACUUGGAUGUGAGCGACGAUGCGGCGUUCCAAGCCUGCCUCACCAAGAUCCGCGAGGAGCUGCUCAGCCACCAGGGCUUCCCGACCAUCCAGGACUACUUUACAGUGUCGGCGUACGAGGACUCUGACGCCGUCGUGCGGCUGCGCAAGGCCAUCGCUAAGGAGGCCAUGGACUUCAAGAUCCAGGGUCAACCUGUGAUGGGUCAGCUGGUUCCCGACAGCUACGUGGAACUGGAGCGCAAGCUUCUCCAGGAGAGGGCCAGGGUUCCGGCGGAGUUCCCUGUUCUCAUGCGGCACCACCUGCUGGAGCUCAUCCAGGAAAAUCAGCUGCCAUUGGAGGAGGCGGAGCUUCCCCACGCCAUCCAUUUCCUCAGCCAAGCGGGGGUCUUGUUGCACUUUGACGAUCCAAACCUCCAACUGCAGGACCUUUACUUCAUCGAUCCACAAUGGCUGUGCAACGUCGUCUCGCAGAAAUUGACCCUCAAGGCUUCCGUCCAUCCCCGAGGAGUAGUUGAACGCUCGGCAGUGGAAAAUUUUAUGCUGGAGACCAAAUGCUUCCCUGCUUGUCACGUCACACACUACUUGAAACUGCUGCAGAAAUUCCAGAUUGCGCUGCCUUUUGGACACGACCAGCUGCUUGUGCCCAGCAGUUUACCCAAAGACAAGCCGAGCAUUGAGCUUCCUCACUGCGAGAACUCAGAGUUGAUUGUGCGAGAGUACGAGAUGCCCUACUUCCCUGUGGACUUCUGGUCCCGGCAGAUCAGCCGCUUGCUGGAGGUCUCGGCUUUCUUGCUCCACGGAAGAGAGAAAGCUUUUCCGCCUGAAAGAAUUUGUUGGAACCGAGGCGUGUACCUGAGCUGGUCCCCCGAGGCCUACUGCCUGGUGGAGGCGGCGUCGGGGCAGGAAGAUUCCUCCAGCGUGCUAAGGAUCACUGUGCCCUGCUCACGCAAAGGCCGAGUCCUCCUGGGCCAGGUGGUGGACCAGGUUGACUCGCUGCUGGAGGAGUGGUUCCCCGGCCUGCUGAGCACAGACGUGCACGGCAGCGGGGAGGCGCUCCUGAAGAAGUGGGCUCUCUACAGCUUCCAGGACGGACACGAGUGGAGCAGGAUGCUGCUGGAGGAUCUCUUCGCCUAUUUCGACCAGGACUUUCUUCUGGUGAACCCGGAGGACCCUCGCUGCACCGUCCCCCUUUCUCAGGUUGCUCCGGAUGUGGUCCUCGGAGACCAGCCCGCCGGGACCAUCCUAGACAGCGACGAGCUGCACGUCGAUCUCUCCAAAGCGAACCUCCUUGGAGACGGCGGCUUUGGCACGGUGUACCGAGGCGUCUACAAGAAUGAGGAAGUGGCCGUCAAGUUAUUCAACAAGCACGCCUCGGAACUUUACAUCCACAGACUCCUCCGACAGGAGCUGGUGGUGCUGGGUCGCCUGCGCCACCCCAGCCUGGUGGGCCUGCUGGCGGCAGGCUCGGCUCCGCACGUCCUGGUCAUGGAGCUGGCCAUGCGGGGAUCCCUGGACUCCCUGUUCCAGCACAAGAAAGGAAGCCUGAAUGGAAAGCUCAGGCACAGGAUCGCUCUGCACGUGGCCGACGGACUGAGGUACCUGCACUCGGCCAUGAUCAUCUACCGCGACCUGAAGCCUCACAACGUGCUCCUGUUCAACCUGAAGACGGACGCCGACGUCAUCGCCAAGAUCGCCGACUACGGCAUCGCUCAGUACUGCUGCAGCAUGGGCGUCCGCAGCUCGGAGGGCACGCCGGGAUUCCGCGCGCCGGAGGUCGUCAGGGGCAACGUGACGUACAACCAGCAGGCCGACGUCUUCUCCUUCGGGCUGCUUCUGUACGACCUGCUGACGGGCGGCGAGCGCAUCUGCGACGGCGUCAAGUUCCCCAGCGAGUUCGACGAGGUGGCCGUGCAAGGAAAGCUCCCAGAUCCGGUAAAGCACUACGGCUGCUCCCCUUGGCCUGGUUUCCAAGCUCUGAUGAAGGACUGUCUGAGGAUUAAUCCCCACGAUCGACCCACAUCGGCGCAGGUGUUCACCAGGCUCAACUCAGGCGAAAUGUUGUGUCUGAUGAGGGAGAUUCCGCUGCCCAGGCCCAUAAACGCCGAGUGCGUGGCCGUGGGCUCAGCUCCGAGCGCUCGCACGGUUUGGCUGGGAGGAGGCAGCGCCACCCAGAGGACGGGAUCCAUCACUGUUGUGGACCUGGACUCCGAUGACAUCACCACGCAGGUGAUCGACAGCAGCCCCGUCCUGUGCUUGGCGACAGUGCAGCUCCCCGGCGAGGCUUCCGAUUGGCUGGUGGCCGGCACGCAGUCGGGCUCGCUGGUGCUCCUCGGCGGCGAGGACGGGUCCGCGUGGUACCGCUUGCACGGCGUGACCGACGCCGUCACUUCCUUGUACUUCCACGUAAACCAUCUGCGCUUGCAAAGAAAGAACUACUUGCUGGUCGGGACGGCCGACGGCCUUCUCACCAUUUACGAGGAUUCUGCACUCAAGGAUUUUGGUCAGCCGGUGAAAUCCGUGGUCCUGGGCACCGUCAACACUCCCGUGGUGUGCGUCGGCUCGUCGUCGUACUCACCGGACGGUGGCAGCGUCUGGGCCGGCUGCGGUACCAGGAUCCUGUCCUUCGGCGCCGACUACGAUGUGAGCCGGAACAUCGACACCCGGAACGUCGUCGCGCUCCCGCAUCAGCCGAGCGGCGAGGCCAGCGUGUGGCGCAUGGCGGUGGACAAACACGUGUAUCUGAGCAAAGCCGGCAUGGCCGCCGUGGAGGUCUGGGACAAGAGGAGCGAGCGCAUGGUGGACUUCAUCGACUGCGCCCAAAUCAUUCGACGGCAGUGGGGCCCCGGCGGAGGGGAGGCGGACUGCGCCCCCGACGGCUCGCCGUCCUGGGCCCGGGUCAAGUCCCUGCUGGUGGGGCCGGACUCGGCCACGCUGUGGGUGGGCACCCGGGGGGGCCACCUGCUGCUUCUGGAGCUGGGCGACAAGCACCGCCCCCUGCAGGUCAUCCCGCCGCGAUUCCACUCGCUGCGAUGCAUCGCCUCCGCAUUCAUAGCAGGGACGCUAAACCGGAAGAACGCGGUGCUGGUGUUGGGCAGAAGACUAACGCAGGACAAGAGCGAGUGGGACGCGCAGUCGAUGCUGAUGCUGUGGAGCGGCACGUUGCCCUCGGAGGCCAAAGACUUAAACAAACACGCUGAGAGGAGAGAACACAUCGCGGCCAGGAUGAGACAGCAGCUACACAACCAAGACUGAACAUGCACGAACAUUCUUGGGAAAGGGAUUAGCUUGACCUCAGCGAUUUCUUUUGACUGAAGUAGGAAUCCUUCAAUUCUGAACAAAUCCAAAAAUCCUAAAACUAUUGAUGAAGACGAGAGCGACUGAUUUUAAAGGGACGCAAGUGCUGCACAUCAGGGCCCACGACCACCAGUUGCGUCGUUUUUUCAAACGCAUCCAUUAAUUUAAAAAAAAAAUAUAUAUAUAUAUCAUAAUUUUGCUUUAGCCGCCAAUUACGGAAAAUGGACGGAACUUCGAGUCGUGAAUGUCACUUAAAAGGAUGACUUAAUAAACACUACAUUAUUUUUA